GUGGCGGAGCCCGCCCUGCCGGUGCGGUACUUCUACAUCCAGGCGGUCAGCGUUGCCGGACGCAAUUUCUCCCGCUCCCCGCCAGGUACCGUGAGUGGGCUGCGGGCGGGCGGGAUGGACACCCUGCCCCGGCUGCCCCCGCUGUCCUCGGAGGAGCCAGCGGAGCUGCACACCCCUUCCCUUUUUCUCUUUUCUCUUUCCCAUUUCCCUCUUCCCUCAUCCUCUUCCUUCCCUCCCUGCUCCCGACCACUGGCUGCCCCACUCUCCUCCAGCCCCUCUCAGCAUUCGCCCGGUCCAGCGUCGCCCGGGACACGCAGGUCCGGUGGCGGGCGGGUGAGAGGAGCAUAUGCUCAAAUCCCUCCUUUCUCCUGGUGCAGCUCAGUGCCUCAGUCUGUCGAGCUCCGCGUCUUGCCCAUAGCCUCGAAAGUGUGUGAUUUACAGCAGCAAGCUCGAAUAAACCAGCGCUCUUGGUAGAGAAAUCCCAGAACCCUGCUCGGAAGUGCUGGUGUAAUUAUCUGCUAUAGUGGUGAACACACACCAGUUGCUUACAGUGUCUGUCUCAACAUGGCACCCUGGGCUCUGUUAUCUUACUGCUGCUUCAUUAAGAAGGACCAAUUUUCCUCUUGUUUACUCAGCACAAGCACGAACCUUCCCCUGACGCUUCUCCCGAGGGUGGGAAUUGGGGUUUGUUCUCGCAGUCCGGUGACAUGCUGCCAGUCAGCUGUUCUCUGCUGCAAGUUAAUUCCACAAACUCUGUAUUAGUAGUUGUAAUUUAGAAUAAAACCCACUUUUGCAUUUAGGAUUUCAUCAUGAGAUAGACAUGCAGUGGAAAUCCUGUGUUGCUAAUGUAUGUAAUAAGGUAGAGCUCAUUAUUUUGCUCUGUGUUAUUUACUAUUGAUAUAGAUGGUACUGAGAAGUUAUCUACCUAGUGUGCAUGGACUCUCCCUGUCUUGCAGCUAGCAGGCUGCUGCUUGUGCAGUUAAACAGUAGACAUGUCAUACAGCUUACGUCUUCAGUCAGACAGAACCCCACAUACUUCAGGUCUGGACUUUCUCCAGCUGCUGUGCAACUUAGUGCUGGAUUGCAGCACGACGUCAGUACUACUGACAUGUACCGAAGAAUGCAACUGCACACUCAGCCACGUGGGGAGAGCUUUUCGUUGAAACAACAGGCUGCUAAAGGUAAAAAGGUGUGAAGCUCAGUUGGAUUCUCAUGCUAGUUUAAAUCCUCCGAGAUAAACUUGAUAGGAGGUGGGUACUGAGAACCUAGCUUUGAGCUCAGUGUGUUCAUGUGAGUAUUUAUAUUAAUAAGUUCAGUGUCUUUGGAAUGUUUCCAGGUCCUGAUGCCAUCUGGCAUGGAGUGGUCUCCAUUCACACAAUGACAUUCUGUAGGCUCCACUCUGAGGCGGUGCAUGCGUGCUGCCAACACGGAAGAGCUGCUGCCUUGGCCCAUGCUAACUGCUGAGCCAUGCCAGGAAUUAUUUAGGAGCCAAGGAUCUUUUAACAUGUAGUGGUAGGGCUGAUCAUAUUCCAUCACAUGAGCACUGUUUAAUGUACUCAUACAGACACGGGCUGUAGAUUUCAGUUCUCAAAUGAUUUUAAAUGUUCAAAUUCUGUUUGUAAAAUGUCAGUAGGAAUUGCAGUUAGUAAGAUUUGUUAGGGCACUACUUUCCAGUAUAAACUAAAUACAUCUCAAAAUAUCCCUUCUGGGAUAGUUAAAUAAAUCUGCCUUCUUUGCCUUAGUCUUUACUGGUAAGACCAGCCUUCAGGAAUCCCAGGCCCCUCAGGCCAGAGGGAAAGUUUGGCACAAGGAAGACUCCUUGGUGGAGGAGGAACUGGUUGAGGAACACUAAAAUAUCUGGACAUGCCCAGGUGUGGUGCUUGGUGGCAUGCACCCAGAAGUGCUCAGGGAGCUGGCUGACAUCCUUGUGAGGCCACUUUUGAUCGUCUCUGGAGUAUCACAGCAAACAGGAGAGUUUCCUGAAGACUGGAAUAAGUCACAUGAAAUUCAGUCUGAACACAAGAAAAAAUUCUUCUACUGUGAAGGUGGUCAGACACUGGAGCGGAUUACCCAGAGAUCAUGGAGUCUCCAUUUGUGGGGAUACCAUUCAUAGAAAUUGUUGUGCAGUUUCAGUCUAUUAGCAUUGCUUCACGUACACUUGCACUUGCCCAGGGAAGUGCAUAGCUGUACUGCUCAUGUCUCUUCAGCCUACUACCUGCGCAAGCAGGAAGGUUUCCACUCAUCAUUCCUCUGAAAAAGAAGUACCACAUAUCAGGAGCAAUUUUAACAUUCCUCUACUUCUCAGAAGUCAGAGGUGCACUUCUGGAAAUCAUUCUGGACUGAUACUUAAUCAAACGAGGGCUUCUCAUCAUAGAUCUGCUAGCUACUGAAGACAAUAUUCUGCAUUUCUUAAUUGGUGGGAGUGCUGCUUGCCACACUGGCAUUCCAAGAAGGAAUGUCAAAUGUCCCUUAGCAACUUCAGGUGGCAUGGUCUUUGAAUAGUAAGAAAACUGAGGGAUGGUUACAAAUAAUCGACAUUUAUAUUCUUACAUUGGAACACAAAGCAGAAGAGGGGGUUUGUUCAGCUGUGAGAGAGUCUUCUGCUCACAGACACUGACCAUAUGCUUAUUGAUUGAGGGAUCAACCCUUGACAACAACAUCUGGAAGAACCUGAGUUACUCAGGGUAACUAUUCUCUGUGAAGAGGCAUGACAUGUCAGGAAAUACAUGUCUGAAAUCAUAAGGGUUCUGCCUAAUUUAAUCUGGAGACUCUUGCACAGUAGUUGACUUGAAUCUGAUUUCAAGAUGCACUGCUCUAAAAAGAUACAAUUAAAUGACUGUUGUAUUUACCACAUCAGUGUGUUUAUUUGUGGAUGCAAAGUAUGUUAAAAUAUGGAUUGUAUAGAAUUAACUGUAACAUCUCAGUCAUUCAGUGCUGUUGGCACACAAUGGAAUUUUAAUAACAUCUUGAUUUUAUCUGGAUUUUUUCAGUUCCAUUUCUUUCUGUAUACUGCUUUGUGGUAACAUGUAUUCGUUUGUUUGGUUUGCAAGGCUUAGACUAUAAUAUUUUGUGAAUAACUUGUCCCCUCUUUUUUUGAAGAAUAAAGUUGGUGCUGACCAUUUGUGACAGAAAUAAGGGAACGUAACAGAUUUAUGUUUAUGCAUAUUCAUGUUGUCUCCACGAUGUUCCAUGCCCUGUUAAAAUGUCACACUGCAUUAAUGAUGAAAUGAUGGUGAUCUUUAAGCAUAGGUCAGACAGAUGUCCAGGGAACAUCUUUGUCUACUAUCAUUCUCUUAUCCCUGCUUUUCAGUAGCUGGGACUUUAAAUUUGCAAGACAGUCAGCUGCAGCCCAAAGGUGAAUUUGUAUCUGACUCCCGCAUGCUGCAACUGCCUUUCCACAAGCUGGAAGAAGAGAGUUUAAAGUGGUAAUUAAAGCACUUUCUCCAAAAGAAGCCACCAGAAUUUACACCCCUCGGCCUUUGGAUAGAAAUGAUGGCACAUUUCUAAUGCGGUAUCGGAUGUAUGGGAGUGUCAGAAAAGGGUUAAAAAUUGAGAUACUUUAUGGUGAUCAGCAUGUAGCGCAAUCUCCUUAUAUUUUAAAAGGACCAGUUUAUCAUGAAUAUUGUGACUGUCCUGAAGAGGACCCUGAGAUCUGGCAGAAUGUUAUGUCUUGUCCAUCCCAAGAACCUCGGAUUACAAAGGACUUCACUUCUUUCCCCACCAUUGACCUCCAGCGAAUGCUCAAGGAAAUCCCAACAAAGUUCAGUCAGACAAGAGGUGCUAUUGUUCAUUACACUAUUCUCAGUAAUCGCAUCUACCGUCGCUCCUUAGGGAAGUAUACAGACUUCAAAAUGUUCUCCGACGAAAUGCUCCUGUCACUGGCAAGAAAGGUUCACCUUCCUGAUGUGGAGUUCUAUCUUAAUGUUGGAGAUUGGCCAGUUGAGUAUCGGAAAGCUAAUGAUACACCUGGCCCUAUACCUGUCAUUUCAUGGUGUGGCUCUUUGGAUUCAAGAGAUAUAGUCCUUCCAACGUAUGAUGUAACCCACUCGACUCUUGAAACUCUACGUGGAGUUACAAAUGAUCUCCUUUCUAUUCAAGGAAAUACAGGCCCGUUCUGGGAAAACAAAACUGAGCGAGCUUUAUUCAGAGGUCGAGACAGCCGAGAAGAACGUCUCCAUCUUGUCAAGUUAUCCAAGGAAAAUCCAGAACUACUAGAUGCUGGAAUAACAGGAUAUUUCUUCUUCAGAGAAAAAGAAAAAGAGCUGGGAAAGGUUCCGCUGCUGGGCUUCUUUGACUUCUUUAAGUACAAAUACCAAGUGAAUGUAGAUGGGACUGUAGCAGCUUACAGGUUUCCAUACCUCUUGCUGGGUGACAGCCUAGUAUUGAAGCAAGAUUCCCAGUACUAUGAACACUUUUAUAUUGGAUUGAAACCUUGGAAACAUUAUGUUCCUGUCAAGAGAAACUUAGAGGACUUGCUGGAGAAAAUAAAAUGGGCUAAGGAAAAUGAUGAAGAAGCAAGAGAAAUUGCUAAAGAAGGACAGUUAAUGGCAAGAGAAUUACUUCAGCCUCACAGGCUUUACUGCUACUAUUACAGAGUGCUCGAGAAAUACGCCAAACGCCAAGCCAGCAAACCUGAAAUACGGGAUGGAAUGGAACUUGUACCUCAGCCUGAUGACAGAGACUCAGUAUGCAGUUGCCACAGGAAAAAGCCUUUAAGGGAAGAUCUGUAACUGUACCGGAUGGAGAAAAUCACCCAUUUACAAUGCAAGAAUUCCAAUAGGAAUUAAGCUGUGAAAUCUUAAGACAAUUAUGCACUAGCAAACAUUCUUACUUAGGUAUUCUUCUUGUCUUCACAUACCCUUUUUCACGCUGACUCUGAUCUACAAGGUUGGUUCCCACAAUUUUGUAACCUUGACCUCCACCAGACAGAUACUGAGCCUGUAAUGGGGAGCAUCUAGGGGGUUUGUUUGAUGUACUGUAGGAUCAGGAAGAAGAGCGCAGUACUGACUGUGUUCCAGCUGGGACCUAGUUACCAAAGUUUUAUGAAGAACCAGUCAUCCACCAAAGAUCUUCCAUGAGUCAGUGCAGGUUAUUCUAAAGGAGCAUUUUGCAACAUACUAAAACAGUGUUAUGAUUUCUUCAUAAAGUUUACCUCAGUGUUAGAUUGUUUCUUGUAUACAAAACAGUUUUCUAACUAGACAAAGAAAGUAUUUGAGAUUUACAGAUAUCAAAUCUGCUGUUGCUUUGAGAUUAUUUUGUGGUCUAUGACAGAUAACAGAAUAAAGGACAUGACAGACUAUUUAUCAAUUUCAGAGGAAAAGGGAGAGGAGGGGGAGAGAUCAGAAUAAUAUUUUAUAAGCACCAUGGCUGUGAAUUACCUAAAUUAAAUGCUGCUUUAAAGCAGACUGUAGCUAUAACAAUCAAAGGGCUUUGAGUGCCAAGACACCACUGUGAAGACCUGUUCUUGCCAGUAACCAUGUCUGUGAAUAUAGGCACAGAUCCACAAAAGGACUUAAAAGAACUUCAGGUGAGACCAGGUGAAAUACUGGUGCCUUAGUUUAACAAUACAGUCUACAGUAUUCUAGGCUACUUGAGUAUUCCCACAUUGAAAUUCAUUAGCAGAGUUGUAGACUGCCUAGGUUUAACUUCUGUGUAGAGCUAAGCAUCUUUUCACUUCGAUUCAUGAACUACUUUCUCCUGCGCCUAAGUCCCCAGAGGGAUAUUAACCAUUUUCUAAAUUUAGAUCAUACCUAACCUUGUACUGAGAUCAUACAGGAGAUCAGACUUCAUUGUUUUGGUUCAAACAUCUGACAGAAAAACCUAUGCUGCAUUUUCUAUGUAAGAGUCUAGGGGUUAGAGACCAUACUAAGCAAUUGGGAAGCCAAUUGUCCUUAUUGGUUUGAUUCAAAGCCAUUUUUCCAGAGAGUGCCUUAGCUCCAGUCUGGGGAAGAGGUCUUCAGGACUUCCUCUGAAGUUGUGCAGCCAUGAAGCUAAUACAAAAUUCACAGGACCGACCAGAAGGAGCUGGUCAUACCAUUGCAAUAAGGUGUGCCUUUGGGCGUGAGGCAGAGGAAAAAUCCUAGUCCUCGAUGCAGCUCCCAGUACCUCUGCUGAUUUUUACCCAAGUUUCUCUACUUCAAAAUGCAUAAACAGUCCUGGAGUGACACACCAAUGCUAAUACCAAGACCAAUACCCACAAGCAUCCAUUUCUGUCCUCUGCAUUUUUGUCUUGGCUAAUGUAGCCUGCCUGAGCAGCUUCGUAUUCGGUACACUCAGGUAAUGGCUUAGGAAUAGAAUUGUCUUAAGUCUGUGGAGAAUUGUCUUAAGUCUGUGGACUUGUCUAAUUGGUGCCCAAAGUCUAGUGCUCUGCACUUCAUGCAGGCUUCAUUCUUGGUUCUACACUGCAAUUUACUCUUAUAAAAUCCAUGAAACAAAAUUCCUGCACUAGAACAGGAAGAAAGACUAGAUUUUUCAGUAUGCUAAAUAUAGAAAGAACUUCAGGUUUCUAAAGAGGUUCAUGCAACUGUCCAUCAGUCAUUUAUUACAUUAUGCCAGUUAAGAAAAAACCUGGAACAUGUUGCUCUACCCAUCAUUCUCUUUGUUCUGGUUCUAACCCUAUAUAUAGUGGUUGUAUUUUUAUUUAAUCAGUCCUAGAAUUUCAGACUAUAAAUACAUGUUCAGCUCAUCUGACAUAACAUUUUCUACACCAAAAUUCAAGAAAAGGUUUCCACUGCUGAAGAUGACACUUAAAACUGAAUAUGUGCUCCUCUUCCCUUCUCUGUAUACAGUCAUUUUUACUGUAUGAUAUGAUCUUAUUUUGUGAUAUUAUCCAUUAUACCAUGUGCCUUUUAUACUCGCCAGUAUUUGUGGAAGUGGUGUGCUCGGCAAAGGCAAUUAAGCAGACCAGAUGGUUGAAGCCAUGAGGUUUUUUCCACAUCACACACACAUAUUUCAAACCAAAAGUCCAAAAAUGAUCUGUUUAUAUUUUUAAAAUGGAAAGAACAAGGGAAAUCAUGAUGCAUACAUUAGAGUUUUUUGGAAAUAUCUGUGUAGGAAAGCCCGACUUGAAACAAAAGUCUUUCAAACUGGAAGAAUCAGAUAAAAUUUAAAUGGUCAUGAAUUCAAAUAAAUGUGAAGAUUUUAUCCCUCCUUUCUUCCCUCAUAAAAAGAAAAAACCAACACCUGUACUAAAUUCUUCUCUGCCAAAAACCCCUCCUUGCUUUUUUAGUAAACGUCACUUCAAAGCAAAGACUAGUUUGUCACAGAAUGCCUUACAGAUGCUUUUAUAGCUUAGAGGCAAGGAAUAUCCUGAAGAAUACUAAUACAUGCAUCUUUCUUCCAAAAUUAAAAAACAGUAGAGACAUGGUAGAACUUUCAUUAAAAGUGCUUAGUCAUUUGAGAAAAUCUGCUUCAAUUUAUAACUGCAGAUCUUGCAAAGAUAAAAGGUAAGGCAAAGAAGCCUCUCCUCUUUCCACUGGUGGUACUAUAUGCAAUUUAAAUUAUAAUGGAAGAGCAAUUGCAACAAUUGCCCCUCCAGGCCAGAAAAAUGUCAGAUCUAUUUUAGUUGGAUGAGAGGAUGAUACACUUUGGGCUGGUGUGUUACAGGAAUUGCUAAAUAUUCAGUAAAACCUGUUUGUACAAGUAAAGUGUAAUACAUGCAUUGCAAGGUAUUUUUAAGCAACAUACAUACACUAGAGUUUCUAUUGUUCUAUAGUAGCUCUUAAACAACAACUGAGGAAAUUUCUUGUACACCUAGCAGUUCGUGAUUUUAAAAACAGUUACCAUACCGCAGUACAGUAAUUUCAGCUUUUAAUGCAUAACAUAGGAUUUACUACAGAGAGUAAAACCUGUCCUGUUUUCAUCAAUGGCAGUCAUUUUUAACACACUUUAGAACUUAUCACUGGUGACGGAGACACAUUUAUUUGUUUGAAAUAGUAUAGCCUAUAGUCUAGGGCCAAUAUUUUCAAACACAGGAAUUUACAUAGAAAUGGUCUGAAUUCAAAAAAUGUUGGUCAUGCAGAGUCUUUACUGCAGGUUCCUUACCUUCAGAUCUCUUUAACCUAAACAGUAGUUUCAUACAGUGAACACUCCAGAAAAUUACUCCUUUUAUGUUAUGUCAUAUAUGUGUCCUAAUAUAUUUAGGCACUCACAUUUGGAAAUACCCAACUUCAGUUUCAUCUUGAAAUGAGAACUAGUAAAUCAUGAUUUGUUGAACAUAAAGGAGAUAUAAAUUCAGUACAUUUUUGGACUGUAUUUUAUGAGAUUUACCUCAAGAUAACUAAUACACUAGUUUCAUGAAAGUAUUGUGCCAGGUCUGCCUUGUAGAUUCAUAAUUAAAUAAACCCUAUAAUCAAAGCUUGCCUGAUGGAAUGUUAGAUUCGAGCAUCCAUCCUGGGAAGCAUACGCCCGACAUUUAUUACAUUAGAAAGUAAAUUAUUUAGUUAGGGAGGAGAGCUGACAGGGAAAACAUACAUCACCUGUUUGAGCAUGUUUGAGAAGCUUGCAAAGAAAUGAUAAUAAAGAAAAGAAGCAUUACAUAAACCUAGGAUAUUAUCAGCUCCUUUACUGCUUCAGCUUUUCAAAAGCAUUCUCUGCAAGGGCAGUGAUGAAGUGCAAGAUUUAUAUGAACAUGUUAUUGUUUAAGUUCACAGGAUUCAACCACUAGAAUCUUCUUGUCUGUGAAUACUUUUAUAGCAUUUUAAUGAGGCUAUAUGAAUACUAACGCUUGGCUUUUAAGUUGUUAAUAAUGUAAGAAAAUCUAUACUAUAGAGAGUUAUGGCACUAAUUUUGUAUUUUGCUGUAAGAAUAAGGGAAAAACGAUUAUUUUGCAUGUCUGUCUGAAGACAUUUGAGACAUCUGUAGCAUAUACAUUGAGUCUCAUCAUGGAGCGGUAAUAAGCAAAAGGUGUAUUAGCAAGAGCAUGGCCAGCACGUCAAGGGAGAUGUUUCUUCCUUUCUGUUUUGCAGUUGUGAGUCUGCAAUUAGAGAACUGUAUUCAAUUUUGGACUCCGCUGUACAAAAAAUACAUUGACACAGCGGAGCAGAUCCAGCCAAGGACCACCAAGGUGAUAAAGGGGUUGUGGCACGUGAAGUAAUAGGAGAAGCUGAGCAAGCUGGGUUAGGUCAGCCUUAAAAAGAGAAGGCAGAGGAAAGAUUACCAAGCUGAACUCUAAAGGGAGGGUGUAGGAAAGAUGAAGCCAGACUUCUCAGAGGUACACAGUAGAAGGCCUGCAAACAACAGACACAAGAUGCAACAUGGGAAAUUCCAAUUAGAUAAGGGAAAAAAAUCUUCACAGUUAAAAUCCCAAGGAGAUGAAGCUUGGCCUACAUGACCUCCAGAUGUUCAUUAUUCUAUGAACUACAUUUCAGUCACAGAACAAGCUUUUAUCUAGUCACACAGCAGGAGGAUCCAGCUCCUGAGUGUCACCAAGAGACAAUGUAGUCUUUCUGUGCCGACACUUCUGACACUAUGCAAUUUAUGUCUCUUUUAAUAAUAUUGAAUAAGUUUUGCAGAUAUUUUAAUGUUAUAUAGCUUUCAAGGCUAUAAAUUAUAUAUUAAUAUAUGUACUACACAUUACCACAAUGUACCAUAGUCAUGCAGUACACAGAGGAUUCAACAGAAAUAAGAUACAUUGAUUUGGCAUUACAUGCUUGGACUGAUUGAAAGUGCAAGACCUGCUCUUUCAAGAUGCUGAAUAUACACUUUACAUGUAUGAGACAAUUAUGAAAGAUUUUGAGUACAGUUAUGAACCAUCAAGUAAUUUUAAGCAGUCAAUGGGAAUAUUAAUGUACUUUAUAAGUUAUACAUAUAUUUAAAUGCCAGCGUGAUCUGUAGGUCACUGAGGAGUGAGCAUGACAUAUUCCCAUCCUACUUCCAACAUUAAAAGAAAUCAGUCAGGAUCCAUCUGUACCACAGAUUUGCAAUGUAGCAUACAGAUACUCAAGACAGAUGAACUGAAUACCACAAAGGCCUACAUGAAAUGGGACGGAGCUUCACAUGGUUACCUUCCUGCUGAAAACCCAUGAAAACACAUUAUUCUGAAUAAAAGCUGGGCAAUUCAA